AUGUAUUCAUUCUCUUUCGUUCUCCUCUGCAUCCAGGCUUGCCUGAUCCAGAAUGCCUUCUCGCAAGUGUUAGGCUACUACAACCCCAUGGACGUUGAAGUCGACGCUCUCAGCUACGGAAUCUCCGGAGGCCUCAGCGGCUACGGAGUCGGCGCCUCUGGAUACGGACUUGGCAGCGCCAACAUCGGACUUGGCGGUGCCAGCGCAAUCGGUUAUGGCAGCGCCAAUGUCGGACUUGGCGGCGCCAGUGCCAUCGGACUUGGAAGCGCUAACAUUGGUGGUGGAAACGUAAUCGGUCUUGGUGGCGCCAACGCAAUCGGACUUGGAAGCGCUAACGCAAUUGGACUUGGCAGCGCCAAAGCCAUCGGACUUGGCAGCGCCAACGCCAUCGGACUUGGCAGCAUCAACGCUGGUGGCUGGUCUGCAGGCAACGUUGGCAGCGGCUUCACUGGCGGAUACGCCCCCUCAGACGUUGCCGCCGUUGCCGCUCUGCCAGUCUCUGGCCCGUACGGCGGUACUGGCUACGGUACCCUGGGUGCCGCUGGCGACUUCGGUGCUGCUGGUACCGCCAUCGUGACCGGCCAGCUGCCAGUGCUUGGUGCGGUGUCGUUCAAUGGCAACAUCCCCGCCAGUGGCGUCGUGUCCAUUGCUGGAAACUGCCCCUGCGGUGGCGUUAAGUUGUAA